UCGCAAGGUAACGCUCCUGUUGUGGGACGCCAAAAAUGUAGCACAUUUGAACGGGCGGUCAGUAAACUCACGGAAUACUAGUCCGGUAGGCCAGGUGGAAGGUGAUAAUGCAAUGCUUUUGUGCGUAAGUGACCUUAAAUGAAAUGAAGGUGAGAGUGUUUGAGUCGCUAUUUCGUGGCAACAGCUUCACUAUUGUGAUGUCAUUGGUGCCUAAUUGGUGUGUGACCAGCGCCUUAACAUUAUCGCCUGAGACCCUUUGUGCUCUUCGGGUGAGGAAUAGCAAAAUCUCGGUUCGCCUACAGGUACCGUAGGUAAAGCACGAGACGGUGAUAAUGGUGAUGCUGUGCCGAAAAGCAAUGGUGUGGUAUUGUCGGCUGAGACUUGAGUGAAGAGUGAGUUGUGUAAUCCACAAGCGUUCUGUGAUGUGUAUGUGUGUGUGUGAUGUGUCGUGUGUUUAGCGAAGUGUGAGUGUCCAUAACGGAAGGAUUUUGCAUAAGAGCGCGCUGGAAAAACGACGAAAGAUAACAUAUGUUUAGACGCCGCUACAAUGAAAAUUGAAGGUCUUAUCAACUUGUAUAGACGAGGCUCCUCCUUAAUGCGAUCGGACUUGGCCCUACGACUUUGACUAUUCCUCUAUAGUCCAGGUAGAAAAGCCCCGAAAACCGAGCGUAGCCUGUGUUGUUGCUACCGUCGCGAAGUUUGCCAAAAUCAACUACAAAAAAGAAGUUCAACUUCCGCACAAAACCCACGGCAACAUGAAUACCAGCGCAACAACCAACACCAACAACAAAAUCAACAUAAGCAAUAACAAUGCGAUCAACGACAAAAACAACACCAGCUAUCCAUCGUCCGCAAUGCUGAGCCCUUCGCCGAGACGGGGAACGAAGCGCAAAAUUACGCCAGUUGGUAAUGGGAUUUCUACAGCAAUACGAAAACGGCGUAAACUGCAAAACACAUCAAAGUCGGGCGAGUCGCGGGUAGAACAGGUUCCGCAAACCAAAAACACAGUUGCAGUGCUCAACGAACUAAAACGCAACCUGGUGUACAAAGUUGAAUCACAGACUGGACCGGUUCAUGCUCCGCUCUUCACGAUAUCGGUAGUGGUUGACGGUCAAAAGUUUGUUGGAACCGGGCCGAGUAAAAAGUUAGCUCGAGUCGCUGCUGCAGCCUCAGCUUUGCGCAGUUUUAUUCAAUUCAAAGAUGGAGCAACACUAACACCGAUCGAACCGCUACAAAACGUUGACUUUACCAGUGAUGAUCCGAUGAUCGAAAAUAGCAUCUUUCCACUGUCGGAUACCGUGGCCGGCAUGCAGGAAAAAAUGGUCUCAGCAGGUGGAAAAUAUGUGCCUGAAAACAUUACAGUCAAUUCAAACAACUCGUUACACAGUAACAACAGCAACAGCAACAGCAACAGUAACAGCAACAGCAACAGCAACAGCAACAGCAACAGCAACAGCAACAACAACAACAACAGCAACAGCAACAGCAACAACAACAACAACAACAACAAAAACAACAAUAACAACAAUUGCAGCAAAAGCCCAUACAGCAAUAGCAGUUGCUUAAAUAACAGCAGCAUUAAGCCCAUUGCUGCCAACCGCCAGUGUGACUUUAGCGGUAACAACACGGUACAUUCGAACAGCAACAUCAACAGUAAAGGCGUCGUGGUGAUGCCAACCAACGGCAACAACUGGCAGCGAAAGGAAGCGAUCGCUACCGGCGGCGUGCAUUCCAUUACCGACACUGAGAGGCAGCCGUCACUAGAGAAGGCAUCAGCAGCACCACCGCCACCAACAACAGCAGCCAUCAGCGCCAAUGCGAACAGCGCCCGAACAGCCCCAGCAGCGGCAUCCAGUAUCGUAACCAACAUUGCAGCUACUGGAACUACUUUCAACGACAGUUACGAACAGUAUAUCAGCGUUAGUUCUGGCGGUACCACUACUGUCACCGCUUCCACCACCGGUACCACUCUCAAAACUUCCGCCGCUGCCAUCAUUCCCCUAGAACCUAACCCAGCCAUUCCGAAACCCACCAACAGUAGCACGAUUGCUGCUGAUUCCAACCACCACCCCAGCGCCAAUAAAAAUAAUCAUAAUAACAAUACUGCCACCAUCCUAAUGCUGCCGCUGGCCGGCUACGUAAUGUCACCGAGCGAAACGUUGCUAGCAAAAACACUUUACACUACCGCCACCACCACCAUGGCCGACAAACUCGACGCCAAGCCUCUGUCGAACGAGGCUUCCGCGUUGAAGAAGCCAAAAACGAAAAACUCUAAAUCGACCAUUACAACCACCAACAACACCACUCUGGCGGCUGCGAGCGAUUUACAUCGCUUUGUAAACUAUCUGCAGUACGAUACGUUUAGGAUAAACGGUUCGCAGAAGCAAUCUUGCCAUAACAACUAUUUUAACAAGUUCGGCAACUUUGACGCAUCCAUCAAUUCCUAUCUGUCCUUAGUGAGUAAUGAUCUAACCAACACUAACACCACCACUACUAAACUGACCAGUAAAGCACUCGCUAAGGAUGGUUUGGCAAAGAACAUUUCCACCAGUGGCGCUACCGUUAGUGGCAGCGGUGGCGAUGGUGGUGGUGGUGGUGAUGGUGAUGGUGCUGGUGCUGGUGCUGGUGGUGCUGGUGGUGCUGGUGGUGGUGGUGAUGGUAGUGGUGGUGGUGAUGGUGCUGGUGGUGGUGGUGAUGGUGAUAGUACUGGUGGUGGUGGUGGUGGUGGUGGCAGUGGUGGUGGCGGCAUAUCUUCCACUAUCGCGAACGGUACCACCAAUCCGGCUACCGCCAUUGUGAUCGUUACCUCGCCCACCUCUGUACUCACAACUACCAGCGCGAGCGAAAAGGGUUAUAUACGCGAUUGUCCCGGCUCCAACACGGUUAGCUAUCCCUUUCCAAACACUGCCAUCCCGCCCAACCUGAGUCCCUACGCACAAAACGGUCAUCGGCAAGUGGUUGAAAAAAUUCAACAAAGCUUAAACUUAUUUAAAAAUACGAAUGAAAAGGCUCUAGCAUGGAAGAAACGUUUCGAAAAGCUGAAAGUGUCGUCUGGCACCGCACUACGCAACAGCGGAAAUGUUGUAUCCGGCCAUCACCCGAAACCGCAACCGGAGAAAGGACCAGUGAUGCUUUUGCAUGAACUCUUUACCGAUGCCCAUUUCGAGUGUGUCUCGUCCGACGGUCUUCAGCAUUCGAAAUUCACUGUCGUCGUUACAGUCAAUGAUAAUCAGCGCUUCGAAGGCACCGGACCGUCGAAGAAGAUGGCAAAGAAUGCAGCAGCAAAGGCCGCCCUCGCCUCGAUAUGCAACAUCUCUUUCAGCCCUCUGCAACAGUCAAAAUUUGGACUGAUAUCUGCGGGCACCAGCAAUGGGUCGAUCGGAGGCCAGAGUGUCACGCUGAAUGGUGAUAACAGUUUUACGCAGAACAAAAACUUCGAGCUACCACAAACGUUUGCUGAUGCGGUGGGCAAAUUGGUGAUCGAAAAGUUCAACGAGGUGAUGAAGGGUAGCGACGUGUACAGCCGACGCAAAGUGCUAGCCGGGUUCGUCAUGACGCACGGGUACGACGUGAAAACAGCUAGAGUAAUUUCACUCGCUACCGGUACGAAGUGUGUUAGCGGCGAGCAUAUGAGCGUUACCGGCUCGGUUAUCAAUGAUUCCCAUGCGGAAAUCAUUGCCCGACGCGGCCUGAUGGACUUUUUCUACAGUCAGCUUGAUUUGCUAUGCCAGCAAACGAUGGCUACAACAUCGUCCGAAUCGGCGAUGGCCGUAAACGAACCGGCACAACUAUCCGGUCAGGAAACGGAUCCAGGUGCAACGGAUCGGCAAGCACGACAGGAAAUUAUUUUCAACAAACCCUGCGAAGGCUCAAACCUCUACACUCUAAAAGAGGGCAUUUAUUUCCAUCUGUACAUCAACACAGCGCCGUGCGGUGAUGCACGUGUAUUUAGUCCACACGAGAACGAUAGCAUGGAUGUGGAUAAGCAUCCUAAUCGGAAAGCGCGCGGCCAGCUUCGCACAAAGGUUGAGUCGGGUGAGGGAACCAUUCCGGUAAAGAGCAGUGAUGGUAUACAAACGUGGGACGGUGUUUUGCAGGGUCAGCGGCUGCUGACCAUGUCGUGUUCGGACAAAAUUUCACGAUGGAACGUCCUCGGUUUGCAGGGUUCGCUGCUAGCUUCCAUCAUUGAGCCAAUCUAUCUGCACUCGAUUGUGCUCGGUAGUCUGCUGCAUCCAGCUCACAUGUACCGAGCUAUUUGUGGAAGGAUAGAGAGUGCCAUACAGGGGCUUCCCCCACCGUACCGUCUAAACAAACCGAAGCUAGCGCUCAUGACGUCGGCCGAAUCGCGGAAUCAAACGAAACCGCCAAACUUUAGUAUUAAUUGGAUCACUAAUGGUACCGAGGUGGAGAUCGUCAACUCCUUCACCGGCAAGCUGAUCAACAACAACACCAACACAAACAAGAUGUCCCGGCUGUCGAAACAAUCGUUCUACCAGCGCUAUUCAACCGUUAUUGCCCGACUGCCAGGCAUACCGUGCCGCGAAGUGAAGCCAACCUACUUUGAGACGAAAAUGUCCGUCGGCGAGUAUCAGCAGGCAAAGCGCGAACUGUUUUCCGCGUUCAGCAAGGAGGAUUUGGGCGAAUGGCUCAAGAAACCGAUCGAACAGGACCAGUUUACGCUGAUUGUCGCGAAGGACAGCGAUGGACCACCGCCGUACGCUAACCAACCCCAAACAGUGCCAAUGCCAACCGAUGGGACGGGCAACACUACCACCAACACCACCACCACCACCUCCCUGGUAGGUAAUGUUUCUUCCAUUGGAAAUCACUCCAAAUGACAUCAUGUCAAGUUCGCCAGCAAGCAGCGCAACUAUGCGUCGAUAGGAGGGUAUAUCGAUAGCAACAGUGCUAGCAGCAACACUUCCGUAGAGCGUAAUAACAAUUCUAGCAGUUCUUCAGGUAGUUAGUUUAAGCGGCGCUAGUGUUUCCACUUGUUCGUUUUGUGAUUCGAAACUUUCUUAUAAAUAGUAAGGAUGACGCCGAAUAUGUGCGUGUGUGCAGCGUUGAGCGCGAUGAUGGAUGAUGUUGAUGGAGAUUUUUGGUGGAAAAAUACCAAGCAGCAAACAUGAUUUUACCAAUUUCGUAUCUAUCCGUUGCAUUUUCUUUUUAUGUUUAUCUGUUUUUUUUUUAUAUUUAACGAUUUUGUUGCGUUUUGCGCGUUUUUUUUUGGUAUUGAAAGACAUAGUAUCAUCGUGUACGUAAUAGCUUAAGAAUCUUAAAAAGAAACGAUUCUUGUCUAUAAAAUUUGUGCAUCCCCUCCCCGGGUUCCCGGAAAAGAGGGUGAGGCAAUACUAUGAGACUGGUUAUAGCUUCUCUAUUGUGUAGUAGUAUAUGGUAGUAUUUCGUCUCCUUUCGACACUACAAAACAAUUUUGGUGUGAAAAAGGUUGUCAGUGGUGCCGCAAUUAGACCGUUUCAUUUGCAAUGGCAACAGUAACCCUAUGAUCAUACCCAUAUGCCUUUGCGCUUGCCAAAAACGCAUUGAAUUGAUGGUUUGGAGAGUGACCCCACGACAGUUUGAUCGUGCUUUGAUUUCGUUAACGAUCUCAAGUUUAGUUUUGUUGCUUUUUAUAAAUAAUUCUGCCCCGUAGCUCAUAACAAAUAUCUCUUAAUCAAAUAUGCGGAAAAAGAAACGCAAGAUAGAAGCAAUUGUGAGCAAAAUACUCGAUAUUUAUAUUUAUUAUUUCCUUCUUUUCUGUAUCGGUUGUUUUGCACCAUCUUUGUAGACGGAUGGAUCGAUUAGUCAUACGUUAAUGACAUGUUCGUUAAUAUAGCUACAUAUAAAAGAAAAGAUAGGUUAAUUCAAUAAUUCUUCAAUAUGCGAGAAGAAACACUGAUUAUCAGUACUGAUAUGUAAAUAGAUGUGGGUGAAAGAAAGAUAUAUAUUCAAAUUUUGUGACACACUCGCUACGCGUGUAUCGUGCUAAGAUUUUUGGGGUUAGCAGCAGCUGCUAGUGACGUAGCAAAUUGUGAAAUUUGUUUAUCACGACUUCAUACUGAAUUUGAUCAUUUUAUUGAUCUAUAAUAGUGUCGAUCAAUCGUUUAAUCUUCUAAUUAUUAGAUCGCAUCGGUUCGCAUGUCAACUGUUAGUUAGGGGCGAGGAUGUUGGUACUCCUCAUUAGCUUUAUUUACCGUAAGCAAAGCUAUCGAUAAACGGAAAUGCUGCAGUCCUACCUAUUGUAUACACUCUCACGAACACACACAUACAAAUAUGAAUAUGGUAGUAGCUAUAGAUAGUAUUUUUUGGAGCGUUAAUAAGCGAUUGUGACCAGAGAAGAAACGAUAGUACCAUGCUGUUGAUUUAAGGAAGGAACAAAGAAACAUUAAGCAAAAAGGUGUCGGCGACCAUAGCAUUUGCUUACAUUUACAUUACAUUGUGAUUUCGUAACAAGAAUGUUUUAACAAAACUAUAGAGCGCCCUGAGCACCUAUGCAUAAAAUCAAGGACAUUCAAAUUACAGUGACGAUAA